UAGGCUCGUCCAUCGGCUGGACGAGCGCAGAAAUGCUAGAAACGGUAGCCCAAUGGCCGCUACUGGAUUUUGCUCUUCCGUACGAUCGAGAGUUCCUGAAUCGGUAUCGUCCCGAGAACGUGGUGCCAACUGGCAUCACGGUUGGCUGGGACAAGAUCUUUGUCAGCGUUCCAAGGCUACGUGCGGGUGUACCCGCGACCUUGAACUACAUCCCGAGGAAUCUCCCGUUAGAAAGCAGCCCGCAGCUUCAGGCCUAUCCGUCCUGGGAUUGGCACAGCGCAGGCAGAGGAGACUUGAAUUGCUCGAAAAUGAUUUCGGUGUACAGGUCCAGGAUCGACAGGUGUAACAGAUUAUGGGUCAUUGACAGCGGUAUAAUGACUUCGAUCGACGACUUCAGACCGGUUUGCUCGCCGAAAAUUCUGGUCUUUGAUCUGCAAACCGACCAGUUGGCGCGUCAGUUUACGUUUCCUCGAGAGGUAUUGAGACCCAACACGCUGCUGACGAACGUUGUUCUGGACGAUGUUGCAGCGACAACCUGCGACGACAUGUUCCUCUACAUCACCGAUACCGCAGGACCCGGCAUAUUGGUUUUCGACGGCGCCACGGAGAGAAGUUGGCGCGUCGUGCACGCUUCCAUGUAUCCGAAUCCAGAUUUCUCUACUUACAGGAUCGGCAGCGACACGUUCGAGUUGCUGGACGGUGUCGUAGGAAUGGCGUUCUCCCCCCGGCUCGGGUUAGUGUAUUAUCAGCCGUUGGCGACCGAUCGAAUCUUCAGCGUGCCAACAAUGGCGCUUCAAGCGGGUCCUUUGCCUUUUGGUGAACAGCUUCCGGUAACGUUGGUCGGCCGGAAGUCCAGUCCAGGUCUUGCUUUGGUCGUCGAUCCUCGCGACGAUAAAAUCCUUUUCUCGCCGCUGACGGAAACGGCGAUCGCUGCCUGGCAGCCGCAGGACAACCAACAGAGGAUUUUGGCUUACAGUCCGGAGAAGCUGCAAUUCGUAGCUGAAAUUGUUUGGGCGGACCGUGACAAUGGCAACUUCUGGCUGCUGACGUCCAGAUUCCAGAAAUUCUUCAGAAAGGAGGUGAACGCACGCGACAUCAACAUUCGAAUCAUGAGGCUGUUGCCAGAGCCCAAUUCGCUCAAGCACGGGGCCCUCGACGCUUCCAACCAACAACAAUUCCCGAUGUAUUACUACAACAAUACGUUGGCAUCGACUAAAAUUUUUCUCGUAAUGUUUCAUGACGGCUCGAGCUGUCACCGAUUACGCGAUUUCACCGUCGAUCUUCCCCGCGGUCCAUCCGACGUUCGCGAUUCUAAACACUCCAUUAAUCAUUCGCGAUCUAAUCCGAACGUAGACAGAAAUUUGUCGAACCUUCGAGCAGCCUGUUCCGUGGCCGUGACCAGAAAAACCACGACGUUUGCUGGAACUUGUUUCACCUAUAAUAAGCCGGACCACGGUGAAGAGGAGAUGCUUGAUCGACGCUGGAGAUCGUUGUUUCGCGAUCAUCGACGUUUUCUUCCUCAGUUGGUCCUCGAUCGCGACGCGAACGAGACGAGCGCGUCUCUUUCGGACCUCGUACCCCGCUCGAAGAUGUAUCCGUUUUGCUGGACGAUUCUGUUGGUCGUGGCGACUUCCGGUUCGCCGACCUACGAAAAGCUCAAGAGCAUUUAUGAGUGGAAGAGGUUGGAAUUUGCAUUCCCAAACGAAAUUGUCAGACAAACCGCCAUAAAAAAUGGAGACUUCAUACCUGGGGCACCGGUUCCCAUCGACGUAGACGUCUACAACGGAGGUCAUAUGUCGAGAAUUUUUGUCUCCGUUCCGAGAUUUCAGGACGGUGUGCCCGUAACUUUAGGCUACGUAACCGACGAACAAACGGCAGCUGGAAACCCCAUAAUCGCGCCCUAUCCGAAUUGGGAUUACAACGCUAUAGGCAGCUGCGAUUCGAUCACCAGCGUCUACAGAAUGCAGAUAGACGAGUGCGGUCGCCUUUGGGUACUCGAUACUGGAAAACUAGGAGAGAAAUGGGUUUGCCAGCCGCAAUUGCUCGUCUUCUCUCUGGACACGAAUCAGCUGAUCCACCGAUACAGAUUUCCUCGUGAUCGGUACAAGGAUGAUUCCCUGUACGUGACCGUGGCCGUGGACGUUCGGGACGCCGAUGAUCGAGAAUGCAAAGAUACGUUCGCGUACAUCGCGGACGUAACGGGAUUCGCGUUGCUGGUUUACGAUUACCGUAACUCGCGAUCCUGGAAGAUCGUUAACAAGUUGUUUUAUCCGUACCCACCGUACGGUACCUUCGAUAUCAGAGACGACACGUUUGAUCUGAUGGACGGGAUCCUGGGACUCGCGCUAGGACCUCUUCGCAACGGAGACAGGAUUCUUUAUUUUCAUUCGUUGGCCAGCAGAGUGGAGGGAUGGGUGGCUACAUCGGUGAUUAGAAAUUCCACUCUGUUUCGCGGCAACCCCGAGGCUGCACCGAGAUCGUUCGUUCCAUUCAAGAUGGAGAGAUCGUCGCAAUCUGCAGCGGAAGCCAUGGAUCGGAACGGUGUCCUCUUCUUUGGCUUGUUGUCGGAUCUGGCGAUCGGAUGCUGGAACAGCAACAGUUAUCCCGAGUAUGGUGCUCGGAACAACGAGAUUCUCGUCACUAAUCCGGAAACGUUGCAAUUUCCCUCUGGUUUGAAGAUCGUAACUUCGAAGAAAGGCAAACAAGAGAUUUGGAUUCUCACGGUGUCGUUCCAAAAGUACAUGAGCGGUUCCCUAAAUUCCAACGAGACCAACUUCCGGAUCCAGGCUGGUUUUCUCGAGGAAUUGGUCCGUGGUACCAAGUGCGACGUGGCUUCCUUAUCGCAUAACGUCGUUGGCUCUCACUAUUACAAAUGAAAGUUAGGGCACCGCGAGCAGUCUUCUAGCGAGGCGAGGGUUCCUCUCCCCAUAUCGGAGACACUCCAUCUUCGCGAGCAGACCUUAUACUUCUUUCUCCUUUCACGAUCAUUUCGUAUUUUCCUAUUAUCGAAACCAUUACAACAACUAAUCCACGCGUUCUCACAGCUACUCCAUCUUCUUGGAUCACGGUUGAAUGAUGAUCUUGAUCUUCCCUAAAGUAGCACCGUUUUCUUCUAUUGCUCGCGGUGCUGUACAAAUAUUUUUUAUGGAAAAUUUCGAGAGCCAGAGCGAAAAGCAAUUUUUAUUCGCAGUAACUCUAGGGUAAUUUAUGUACUUACGUGGUAGGAAAUAGUUUUUACAGGAAUUCUAAAUGAUAUUAACUUGAAGUUUUCCUGGUAAUUAUCGAGUAUGUAUUGUUCGGUCAAGCAACCAUAAUAGAGUUUAUUUUACGCAUUGAAUACAUGAUAUAGUAAAUAUUUAUUUAUAGGGGAUGAAUGGUGCUUUAGAAAUAGGUUUACCGAAAAUCGACAGUUUCAACAACACGGAAUAAUUCGCUAAACAAUUAACAAUAAAAAGAUUUCGAAUAUUCGUACAGGUAGCAAGAUUAAAAAAUAAAAAAUAAAAAGCUGUAUUACAGUGUCUUUUAUUUUGAUCGUUUAAUAGAUACGUAGAAACGUGUCGGUUUUAUUUGCAGUGUAUUUUCACGAAUUCGUCUACAGAGUUGAAGCAAAAGUCAAGAUAGCUAUAGCAAAGUGCUUUCCAGAUAAUAAUAUGAAAUUAAGUGCAUAUACUGGCACAUUUUACGAAUUUUCACCGUUAAACGAACCAUGUUUAUCGUAUUAUACAUGUAGAAUAUUCUACGAACGAAACGUCAUCAAUUUUCCAUAGAAUUACACAACCUUUUACAUAAUAUUUUUUCCGUUUACCGAAUUACUCUUGCCAAGAAACAUACAUAUGUAUAAUACAUACGUAUGUGCGCCUACACGUGUCGCGCGCAUCACAACUCUUACGUAAAGCGUUUCUAUUUGUUUCUUUUCGUCGCCAAGAUCCUUCAAAUUGCUAACCAACCGUUCAUUAUCUAGUACAUACUCCCUAUACGUUUGCUUCAAAUUCUACAUGUUUGUUUAAACCAUCGUUGAAAAGAACGGAAAAACCCAAGAAUUUUCCAAGUAAUAAUCGAUAUCGGUGCAAGUUUCUGUUCUUACGGUUUUAUUAAUAAAGAGUUUCUCCUUU